GGACUUCCCAGAGCCUUCCUGGAGCGCGCACCCCUCUGCUCUCGGGUCCCAGCGUCCCAGCCGCGGCCCUCUGCUCCUCACCUCCUCCUCCUCCUCCUCUUCCUCCUCCUCUCGCCCCCUCCCUCCAGGCGCUCCGGCUGCCGCAGCCCCCAGCCCCUGCUCGACCACGUCCCCAACUCUCUGGGGUCACUCCCGGGACGCGCGUCCUCGCCCCAUCCUUUCUUCCUUCCUCCCCUCGCGCCCGCCCGCACUCUCCAGGUCUCCCGCCCGGGUCCCGAUUGUCUCAGUCGCCUCCCCCGUCGGCCGGCGCCUCGCCCUGCCCGGAGUCUCCCUCGCACUUCCUGAGUCGCCUGCGCCGCGGUCGCGCCGCGCCCGGGAUCGCGAGCCGCCGCUGCCCGGCUCCAGCCCGCCGCGCCCGGGGAAGGGAAGAGCGGGCGAGCGCGCCCUCGCCCAGCCCCGCGCCCCAGCCCAGCCCGGCGAGGAAGGACCGGGAAGAUGAACAACGGCGUCAAAGCCGAGAAGGAGAACACCCCGAACGAGGCCAACCUUCAGGAGGAAGAGGUCCGGACCCUGUUUGUCAGUGGUCUCCCUCUGGACAUCAAACCUCGGGAGCUUUACCUGCUUUUCAGACCAUUUAAGGGCUAUGAGGGCUCUCUUAUAAAGCUCACAUCUAAGCAGCCCGUAGGUUUUGUCAGUUUUGACAGUCGCUCAGAAGCAGAAGCUGCGAAGAAUGCUUUGAAUGGCAUCCGCUUCGAUCCUGAAAUUCCGCAAACACUACGACUAGAGUUUGCUAAGGCAAACACGAAGAUGGCCAAGAACAAACUAGUAGGGACUCCAAACCCCAGUACUCCUCUGCCCAACACUGUACCUCAGUUCAUUGCCAGAGAGCCAUAUGCGCUGGCUCCCUCCCUCCGAGGCUACUUCUCAGGGCUGGAAGUCCCGUCAGUUCUGCUGAAUACUAUGCUUGAAAAAACCUUGCCCAGUUUUGAUCCCUUCAAGACUUUGCCGCAGCCUCUAUCACACAUCUGGGUUUUUUUUCCCCCCCGAAGAAAAUAAAUAUAAUAAAAAUGUUUUACUCUUUUACACUGUAUAAUUGUAAGAAAUAGUGUGUUAUUUGUGAAUGCAUGAUCUGACAUACAUUUCUGUACAGUUUGGAGGUAUUUUCAAACAGAACAUAAAAGAUGUCAACAAUAAAACCAAGAGUGAAUAUUUUUAUACCAAACAUUUAACAGGAUGGAUGAUCGUACACUGGGUUAGAUCUUACACAAUUUUUGUGCUUGACUUUUGAAUGCCUGUACUUAAAAAUAUCUAUUUUUUCCCUCUAAAAUAAGCUGCAUGUUUGAGGCAUGUUUUUAAAUAUGAAAAUUUCCAGAACGUAUUGUGAAUGUAUAGAAAUCCGUGCCUGGCCCGAGUCCAGGGUGAGUUAGAAACGUGGUGUUCGAUGCUGCAGGACUAGGUGUGCCCUGGUGGUGCGAGGAGAACGCCCCUGCAAGACCACCAAAAGCCCCCAGGAGCUUACCUUGGUGACACGUUCACGGCUGGGCCCAGAAGCCUCUCUCUGGUACAGGUUCCUGAUCGAAGUGCGCCCUUAGAAAACCCUGGCCGCUCCACAGGUGAGAAACUUGGUGACACAGGCGUAUUACCAACCCCCAGUGCAGGUGCAGAGCCUGUCUCGCUGAAAAGGGCAAACAUUGGCUUUGGGGGGCUGGCACUGCCUCAGGCAGGAGCGGAGUGUGCGCCACCUACGUGGCUGCAGGGGGCAGCUCCUGUUUCCCAACUGAUUCUGCAAAACAUAGGCUGACUGGUGUUCCCAAGUCUUGGCAGCACCGUGCCGAACGAGCCAUUUAAAACAGUCUUGAAGGCCGCGUGCACACUGGGCGGCCCAUGGAGAGACGGAGCACUGUUUGGCCUGCCUCAAGACUCCUCCAGAACCACAAUGUCGGUCUUGCACUGUGAGCUGACACAUUUCCAGAGUCUGAUAGGUCAGUCUCCCCUCUUUUUAUAGAAGAGCCAUGUGUAAAAAUAUAUAUAUUGACCUAAGAAUUUCAACUGCUGAUAUAGCUAAACAUGGUCAAGAUCUUUCUUAACUGAUCUCAUGUUGUGCUAAAUAAACACUUCAGUGUUUUCAUGAUUAUAUGGUCCAUUUUGGGUUUCAUUCUUUUCCAUAAGAAAUGAUGACCUUGAAAGACUUCUUUGACAGAAGAUAAGGGGAGCCAGGGCAGAGGGGCUCUCUCCCUCAUAGAAACAAGGCCAAGGGCCCUCAGAGCAGCACGGGGAUGGCCGUGCUCAUGCCUUCGCCACUGUGCUCUCGGUGAAACUUCUAUACUGUUGUUUCUAAGGAAAACAGCAACUUCCAUACAGUCUAUUACACUUUCACAAAUUGCUUAAUGGUACUUUUCUAUUGUCAUUUUUAAAAAUAAAGUGCUUAUUCCAGCUGUCAUGCCACCGUUGGGCAAAUUCUUUUUGCACGAUCAACCAAGAGCACACCGCACUGCAGACCAGGGGCCAGCAGAUUCCCCUACCAUUUGCAGGCCUCAACAGAGCUAAGCAGUGGCCCUUG